AUGAGUCACAGAUGCUCACUGAGAGGAGAGGAUUUGAACAGACAAUGGCUCUCUCCCAGUGCUCAUCUCCAGCCAACAAUUUACCAUGCCAAAGGACUCCUCUACUACCUGAGCAGCAUCGGCCGGAGUCCUGUGGUCUUCUGUGACUUCCAUGGCCACUCCCAAAAGAAGAAUGUGUUCCUUUAUGGUUGUAGCAUCAAGGAGACCUUGUGGCAAGCAGAGUCCACUGUGGACACAUCUAAUCUCUCAGAAGAUGUCAGCUACAGGACUCUUCCCAGAAUUCUUGAUAAGCUAGCACCAGCAUUCACAAUGAGCAGCUGCAGCUUCGUUGUGGAGAAAUCCCGAGCCUCCACAGCCCGGGUAGUGGUGUGGAGAGAGAUGGGGGUGUCCAGAAGCUACACCAUGGAGAGCAGCUACUGUGGCUGCAACCAGGGCGCCUACCAGAUUUUCUUGAAAGUCCAGCAAUUCAGGGAAACUCAGAGCUCUGAAAAAGAGUUUGGAUUAGAAAGAGAUAUGGGCACACUGAGCAAAGUCAGUACUUUUGGACAGCCUCAGAAGGUGACCAAGAACAGGGAAGAUGCUGCCGUGGGGACCUGUAUAGUGAUCGCCCAGCAGUAG